AUGAGGAAGAAACUCUGGAUAGAUCCAGAACUUAACAGGUAUAGGGCCCAUCCUUUUCUGUACGGUACGGCACUCAUCUUUUUAACAUAUCCAACAAGCGUCUUAAUAGAUUGUCAGAUAUCAGAGCAGAUGGAGGACUCACCCAAUGCUUUAUCCCAAGGCAAACCUAAAUGCCCACCUCAAGACCCACCAAAAGGCAUACCUAGAUGCCCACCUCAAAACCCAUCGAAAGGCAUACCUAGAUGCCCACCUGAAGAACAAACGAAAGGCAUGCCCAAAUGCCCACCUCAAGACCCACUGAAAGGCAUACCUAGAUGCCCACCUGAAGACCAAACGAAAGGCAUACCCAAAUGCCCACCUCAAGACCCACCGAAAGGCAUACCUAGAUGCCCACCUGAAGACCAAACGAAAGGAAGACCCAAAUGCCCACCUCAAGACCCACCGAAAGGCAUACCUAGAUGCCCACCUGAAGACCAAACGAAAGGCAUACCCAAAUGCCCACCUCAAGACCCACCGAAAUGCAUACCUAGAUGCCCACCUCAAGACCCACCAAAAGGCAUACCUAAAUGCUCACCUCAAGACCCACCAAAAGGCAUACCCAAAUCCCCACCUCAAGACCCACCAAAAGGCAUACCAAAAUGCCCACCUCAAGACCCACCGAAAGGCAUACCCAAAUACCCACCUCAAGACCCACUGAAAGGCAUACCUAGAUGCCCACCUGAAGACCAAAUUAAAGCUCCACUUCAGUGUAGCCAAGUAAAGAACGUAAAACUGUAAAAAAAAUUCACAGAAACAAAAAAUAAUUUAUCUUCUUUUUUUACUGGGAACCUAAACCCAAACAGUAACACUGAUAUUAUUUAGCCUAGUUAAAAACAGCUUUUUGACUUCUACUAUAAUUAAUAUUUGGAAAAUAAUGUACUUGUUUACUUUAAAAUAACUCAAAUUAAAACCAUGGUACAAACUAUGGUAUAGUGAAUUCUGUGAACAAUCUAUAUAUUUGUACUCCUUUUGGGAAGGUUUCAGCCCAGGAGUUGGACUUAAUUCUGUAGAAAACCUUUUACUGUCUGAAAAUUUUCCAUUGUAACAUUCAAAUGUUAUAUUAAACACUGUAACACUAACUAUUAAACUAAUAAAUCUUACUCAUAUAAAGCAUUCAAGUCAAGACUUCAUGAAUUUUGUU